UACCAAACGAGGCCUUACUGUUCUUCCUCCCCACUCAUCCAGUACCAAAAGAACAGCACAGCCGUGCUGAAGAACAAAUCCCGCAGUAACCAGACGCCGCCCCGCAGGCUUGGCAUACAUCGGGCCCCGGGGCACGCACUCGAAGCUUGUCAAUUAGCCAUCGAUCCGGACUCCUUCAAUUCCCCCAGGUAUGAAAAAAUCUAGAUCAACAACAUUGUCGCCUACGAAAUUCCCGUAGAUCCCCAAAUCCAUGUUCGUACUUAUUUUCUCAGCGCCUACCAGAUAUUAUUUUCUCAGAUCGACUGUCAAGGCCAUCGAUCUACUAAUUUAGCUGCAGUCCCCUGCUGUAGUAUAUUGCUUGUCUCCAAUCGUCUCACCAAGAUUCUCAGUCGGUCAUGUCUUAAACCCUUGUGCCAAGCAUGACUACACCAGUGUUGAUUACUGGGCAGCCCUUAUUGCGUCGUCAGAGAUAAAUUCAUUCAACUGGUGUAGGUUUGUGAAAGACAGUUUGAUGAAAGGCAUUAGAAAGAUCAAGUCCGACAUCGCCAAUGGGAACAAGACAAUUCACAUAGUUGGAUGUCACCUGCUUCCCCGGGUAUAUUAAAAAUAUUCAUUUUUAAACUCUGCAGUUAUCAACUUAAUCAUACCUCAUCACUAUAUUUUGUACCAAGGCAAUCUCCCCUCCCCCAGGUAAUUGCUCUGGACAAUAUUGAGAUAUCUAGCAGGCACAUCGCGCAAAACAUACUACCUCGUGUGAAGGUUUUCGAUCACGAAUCAGUAAAGAAGGCAAUUGAUUCAAUUACAUCCCACAUUGGCCAAGAAGUUUGUUUCGCUGACUCAGAUAUAUGCUGCGGAAGAGGAUUGUCGUGCUCGACCCACAAGCAGGCCCUUUCGGUUUUACUACAGAAUGUCAAAUUCCAUGAACACAUCAGCCAUGCUAUUCAUGUGGCAUUCUUCAGAUGUGUAGAACCAUUUUACUCUAGUUGGCCGUGCACAUCUACUGGAUGGACAAGAGAAUUCCCCACCUUAAUGGUGGAAAAAAUGUCAAGUCUGGCAUCUGUUCGCUUUUCGUGGCUAGGCACUAUGACGACAACAAACUACAAAGACCUACCACCAAGGAAAACAUAAGUUCACCCCGUCGGGCGACCCUCCAUGGAGUUCUGAAGCUUGAAGAGAACAGAUCGGACGCACCAUACACGGCAAUGAAGCAAAUCAGAUCAUCUCUUAACAAUUUGUAUUUAUGUUUUCUGGUGUACACAAUGGCAGCAAUCAGAUGAGAGAGGGAAAUUUUGUUUUUGCUACUCUAGAUUUCGCCAAUUUUCCUUAUGCCACUCUAGAUUUUGAUAUUUCACUUUUGCCACUCUUAGUUUUUGACAAUUAUCACAAUUGUCAUUCCUGUGGCAAAAGCAAGAUAUUCAGAGUGGCA